GUAAGCUAUAAAAAGGCCAAAAAAAAUUUCAUUACAGAACAUCACAGCUUUUGAAUCUUUUACAGCAAAACAAAUGGCUUCAAUAAUCUUUAAAAUUUUCUUUAUUCUAUCUCUUAUUUCAGUUCAAGCUUUUGCUUGGAAGUUAACUUUAGGCGGAAAAGAUUUUAAGGGAGAAGCCAACCAAUCAUGUAAAGCCGUUACUGCUAAUAGUGGCUCUAAAUUGAAAUGGGACGCAAGACUCCUUGAAAGCUGUUGCGUUCGAUUAUAUUCAGACCCCAAUUGUGCAAAAGAUGAAAUCGGAUUUUCUUGCGAUGAUUUUAAUAAGAAGUUAAGCCAAACCGUUCAAUCCUUUCAAGUUACAAACUGUUAAAAUAAGAAUCCGAUACGGGACAGAAGAAGUUUCACUUUCGGAAAUUCUUAGUGUUAUUAUUUCUCCUCUUAUUACUUGCAUUUUUUAUCAAUAUCUUGAAUUAUGUUUGUCAUCUAGAUCUUAAUCAAGUAGUUCUUUAAAAUAAUUUUUAUCAUUUUUUCUUUACUCUUUCA